AUGUCGAGGUCAGCAGAAAGAUGCUUGCCAUUCUUCAAAAAGUUGAGAAAAGUUUCGAACUUCGAAUGGACCGAGGACUGUCAAAAAGCUUUCAAAGAACUCAAAUGCUAUCUUAGCUCGCCACAUGUGCUUAGUAUCCCGCUGGAAGGAGAAGAGCUCCUGAUCUACCUAUCAGCCUCAGAGCAAGCUAUCAGUGCUGUAUUGGUGAGAGUGGAAGAAGGAGAACAGAAGCCAGUAUUCUACAUCAGCAAAGUGCUCAAAGAUGCUGAGAUAAGAUACCUGAACAUCGAAAAAACAGCUUACGCUUUAUUGUUAGCAGUCAGAAAGUUCAGGGUUUGCCUAGAAAGCCACCAAGGAGUAGUGAUGACAUAUCAGCCGUUGAAGAGAAUUCUUCACAGACCGAAAACCUCAGGUUGGAUGCUUGCUUGGUCUAUUGAGAUUAGCCCCUACUGCUUGGAAUACCGGCCUCGCACAACCAUAAAGUCUCAAGCCCUCGCUGACUUCAUAGCGGAAUGCUCCUUCAAUGAAAAACAAGCAGAACCUGGUGAGGCAUCCUCGGGAACCUCAGAAGGAGGGAGAGAAUGGCAGUCCCCUCGAGAAUUCAGCUGGAAGUUGUACGUGGACGGAGCAUCCAGCACUAGGGGCAGCGGUGCGAGAAUAAUGCUGAAAGGGCCUGAAGGUUUCAAAGUUUGUUAUGCUCUACGCCUGGGGUUCAAAACCUCCAAUAAUGUAUCAGAAUAUGAAGCACUAAUAAACGAGAUGUUAAUUGCAAUGGAAGUAGGAGCAACCGAUCUCGAGAUAAAUAGCGACUCCCAGCUAGUAAUCAGCCAGAUAACAAGGGCAUAUCAAGCAAGAGAUCCGAUCAUGCAGAACUAUUUGAUGAAGGCAAAGGCCAUAGAGGCCGAACUCAAGAACCAAGGGAUCAUGAUAAGAUACCAAAGAAUACCUCAGGAAGAGAAUGAAGAGGCAGACCUACUUAAUCGAUUGUCUAGGGAAGAGCUGAAACAACUCCCGGAUGAGGUAUAUAUACAGUACGUCAACACCCCUGCCUUUGACAAAGCCAGCACAGUGAUGGAGAUCGAAGAAGGAAGAAACUGGAUGACCCCGUACCUCGAGUACUUAGAAAAGGGAAAACUCCCUGAAGAUAAAGCUGAAGCAAAGAAAAUUGCGGCUCGAGCUGCCAAUUACCAAGCGGUGAGAGGAACCCUAUACCGAAGAGGGAAGUCUAGCCCAUGGCUCCGAUGUGUGAGUCCAGCAGAAGCUGUAAAGGUGAUGGAAGAAAUACAUCAAGGAGUCUGUGGAGCUCAUGAAGGAGCAGGGACGUUGGCAAAUAAAAUUUUCAGGCAAAGAUACUACUGGCCCACUGUCGAAAGGGAGGCCGAGGAGUUCGUCCGAAGGUGUGACAUAUGCCAGAGGUUUGCCAACGCCAUCAACAUCCCAGCCACACCUCAAUCUAGCAUAUCCAGUCAUGGCCGUUCUCACAGUGGGGCAUAG